AGAGGAAACCUCAUCCCUGCGCAGAGGAGGAAACCCAGCAGCCCAGAUGUGCACAGAGCCACGCCGAUAACAUUCUUAUUUUCUUUUUCCUCCUCUGCAAACAGAGGAGCUGCCGGAGCGGCGGCGGGCACGGCCCAACCCACGGCGCAGUGAAGAGCCAGGAGGCUGCGGCGCAGCCCUGGCGCAGCCAUGGGGCAGAAGUGCACAGACAGGGUGUCCUCCUUCCUCUUCGAGUAUGACACCCCUCGGAUGGUGCUGGUGAGGAACAAGAAGGUGGGACUGACCUUCCGGCUGAUCCAGCUCAUCGUCCUGGCGUACAUCAUCGGGUGGGUGUUCCUCUACGAGAAGGGCUACCAGUCUCAGGACAGCAUCGUCAGCUCAGUCUCAGUGAAGUUGAAAGGGCUGACCGUGACCAACGAGAGUGUCCUGGGUCCUCACAUCUGGGAUGUGGUGGACUAUGUUUUUCCACCCCAGGGGGACAACUCGUUCGUGGUGAUGACCAACUUCAUUGUCACUCCUGGUCAGAAACAAGGAACCUGCCCAGAGCUGCCAGACGCCGGGCUGUGCACACGGGACAGCGACUGCAGCAAAGGGAAAUACAGCCGUCAAGGACAGGGGCUCAAGACUGGCAAGUGUGUACAUUUCAACAGCACUGUGAAGACCUGUGAGAUCUUUGGCUGGUGCCCUGUUGAAGUUGAUUACCAUGUUCCCAGCCCUGCCCUGCUGUCAGAAGCAGAGAAGUUCACCUUGUUCAUCAAGAACAGUAUCACCUUCCCCAAGUUCAAGGUGUCCAGGCGCAACUUGGUUGAGAGCGUUACCAAGCAGUACCUGAAGAAAUGCACCUAUCACAAAGGCACUGAUUCCUUAUGUCCCGUGUUUGAACUGGGAUACAUAGUGAAGGAAUCGGGUCAGAAUUUUACCUUCCUGGCUGUUAAGGGUGGAGUGGUGGGCAUCACCAUAGACUGGAACUGUGACCUCGACUGGCCCCUGCGGUACUGCAAACCCAUUUACCAGUUCCACGGCCUUUACAAUGAUGACAGUAAUGUUUCACCAGGGUUCAACUUCAGAUAUGCCAAAUACUACAAAGAAGAUGGGAUGGAAAAGAGGACACUCUACAAGGUGUUUGGGAUCCGGCUCGACAUUUUGGUGAAUGGCAAGGCAGGCAAAUUUGACAUCAUCCCGACCAUGACCACAAUUGGCUCUGGAAUUGGUAUUUUUGGAGUGGCCUCUGUCCUCUGUGACCUGCUCCUGCUGCAUUUUCUCCACGGACGAGACUAUUACAAGCAGAAGAAAUUCAAAUAUGCAGAACCGGAGCCUUCAAAGUCGCAUAAGAAGGAAAAGGAGACAGACAACACACAGUGAGAGCAUCUCUUGAAGGGCACCAGGAGGCAAGACACCAGAAAUCACUGUGCACCUCUGUCUCAGCAGAAUCCACACUGACUGACAAACCUGCACCCCCUUCCUCCUCCUCUUCUCUUAAAACUCGGUCACCAUCCCAUCACCUCCCUGGGCCAGCCCCAAGACCAGCAGAAGCAGCGUUCAGCACCAGCUCAUGUGAAGGUGGUGCCCUGCAGCCAGGGCAGGGCUGGCCAGCCCAGCACACAGAGGGACAUGCCACGAUGCUGUGCAAGGGUCAGACUAAGGGAUCUUGGGGCUCUCUGCCAGCCCUGCUGCAGAGCACUGGGUCUGCUGCCUUUGCAGGCCCUUCAGAAGGGCUCACACUGCACCCUGCCUGGUAUGCCAGGGCCAUGCCAGGUCACUUGCAUCUGAAGACCCUGGGGAGAGCACAGCUGCCUCUUCUGCCUCAGAAGCACCAUUGAACAGUUCCAAACUGAGAAGAGGAGGGAAGGAGAGCUGGCAGGAACCAUGCCCAGCCCCUCUGCCUGGGAGAAAAAUGGUUAUUUUGUAAGGAUGUAUUUUAUUAAAAAAAAAUUAAACCUUUAGUUUUUCUACUA